GGGAACCCCCUUUGUAUAUUCCCAGAAGAACAUAUUCACUGCAGUGGGUUGUGGUGUUAUGGCCACAAUCACCUCAAACUCAAAUGGCUACAUUAUUUCAAGUGGAUGCAGUUCCGAAUGUAACAUUUCAACAAAUAGGAGUGAUACCUGCCAGGCAGCCCUCCCUUCAUCUCUCUCUGCCUUCAGUACCAGUUUCCAGGAUUAUGGAAAUUAUAGUACACGGAGUUCAUGUCACUACGCAUUCUUGGCAGACCGUGAUUGGUUUGGCAAUAAUUCCACAAACUUUUCUGCCAUCAGAGAAAUGGACUAUGUUCCGGUGAUGCUAGAAUGGAGCUUAUUUCACUCCACAACCGAUGUGUAUGGAACCUUUUUUAAACCAAAUUUCACGAUUGGAUCUUCUGGCCCAGGCCGUGCUUAUUGUCUAAGCUACAAUGACAGCUCUUCCAUCAAUGAAUCCUCGAGGCUUGAAUGUUCCUGCCCAGGAGGCUAUAAAGGAAAUCCCUAUCUUCUUGACGGAUGUCUAGACAUCAACGAAUGUGAGCUUCCCGACCGGCACUGUUCUGAACACUUCAUAUGUGUGAAUUCGGCUGGGGGCUACGGAUGCUACCCGCCAAAGAGCAACUCGCAGGUUAAAGUCAUCUUUAUAGGUAUCGGCAGCAGUCUUGGAUUCUUGUUUCUGCUCAUCGCUUCCUGGUGGUUGUACAAAGUCAUAAAGAAAAGAAAAGCCAUUAAACAGAAGGCGAAGUUAUUUAAACAAAAUGGUGGUUUACUGCUGGAGCAACAAUUGUCUUCUGGUGAAGUAAAUGUUGAGAAGAUUAAGUUGUUCAAUUCAAAGGAGUUAGAGACAGCCACAGACCAUUUUAAUGUAGAUAGAAUUCUUGGCCAGGGAGGCCAAGGUACCGUUUACAAAGGAAUGUUGACGGAUGGAAGAAUUGUUGCUGUAAAGAAGUCUAAAGUAGUUGAUGGAGGUGAAGUUGCACAGUUCAUCAAUGAAAUUGUCAUUCUUUCACAAAUUAACCACAGGAAUGUGGUUAAGCUCCUGGGUUGCUGCUUGGAGACCGAAGUUCCUCUUUUGGUUUAUGAAUUCAUUCCCAAAGGGACUAUCCAUCAGUAUCUCCAUCAACAAAAUGAGGAGUUUCUACUUAAAUGGCAAAUGCGCUUAAGGAUUGCAGCAGAAGUUGCAGGAGCUCUUUCGUACUUACACUCAGCAGCGGGUUUUCCAAUUUACCACAGGGACAUCAAGUCUACAAACAUACUCUUAGAUGAAGAGUACAGAGCAAAAGUUGCAGAUUUUGGGACUUCAAGAUCAGUUUCCACUGAUCAAACACACCUUACCACAGUAGUACAUGGAACAUUUGGUUACUUGGACCCGGAGUACUUCCAAUCUAGUCAAUUUACAGAUAAGAGCGAUGUGUAUAGCUUUGGAGUUGUUCUUGUUGAGCUCUUGACUGGAGAAAAGCCGGUUUCUUUAGCAAGGUCACCAGAAGUCAGAGGCCUAGUUGCAUAUUUCAAUUUUUCAAUGGAGGAGAACCGUCUGUUUGAUAUUGUUGAUGCUCAAGUUAAGGAGGAGGGUGUAACGGAAGACAUUUUGGCAGUUGCUACCCUUGCAAAGAGAUGCUUGGAUUUAAGUGGAAAGAGACGACCUACGAUGAAAGAAGUGGCAAUGGAGUUGGAGGGGAUUCAAAAAUCAGUUAAGGCUUCUAAUCUGCAACAAAAUCAGGAAGAGGUUGAAUAUGUCCGAAACGAAGUAAUUUGUGACUGUCCUUGGGAUGUUGCAUCUGAAUCAACAGGAUCAGGUUUCGAUGGCGGUACUGCUUCAUCAAAAGAUUCAUUGCCACUACUAUCUUAGUAAUCACAGGGAACAAGAAUCCUCCAUUCAAUCGGUGCAUUACCAAUCUUCGCU